CGGAAGCCUAGUGUAAGCAGUCAUGGAAGGCGGACGCGGAGGCGGGCGAGGCAAAGGCAAGAAGAGCAAGGCGGCCAAGAAGAAAGCAGCAGCAACUUCGGUCCAGGCCGCUGCUACCCACAAGAAGGCAGCGAUCGGAGCGAAGAAAGUGACAGCCAGCCAUCCGAACGUUCAGGUCGGCUCUGCUGCACCAGAACCAGCAUCUACGUCUCAAGAGCAACCCAUGACCAAGUCGAAGCGUAAACGGUUGAAGAAACAGGCAGCCGCUGAAGCUCUAAAGGCUGCGAAAAAGUCCCCAACGGCUGCAUCUGCGUCACCUAAGACGAAAGUGGCGGUACUGACGCCUCCUGCUGCUGUGGUGAAGCCGCAUGUGGUGUCACUGACGGGCGGCAAGAAGAAGAAGAAGAAGAGAAAAUUGAGCGCAGUAGCAGAGAAUAGUGGAGAUACCGUGGCUAGUACAACCGUAACAGCCUCUACGAAAGAGGGACAGGUGAUAGAGAGCACAAAGUCGCCGGUUGCGAAGAAGAAGAAGGCAGUCGCAGUAUUGGGUCAUGCUGGAGCGUCGCCUACUGCAGAUAGGAAAACGAAGACAUCGUUAUUAGCAGCAAGCCCCACUAAAAGUGCACAGGUCCAGCAUGCCAACAAGAUGGGGAAUGUUACGACUGCUGCAGCCCCAGCGACGGCGAGUCCGCGUAAAACGAUUAAGAAGUUAAAGGCAAAGGAUAGUGCGACUGCGUCUCCGGUUUUACCACCAAAAGAAGGUUAUGCUGGUGUGAAGAAGCCUGAAGCGAAGACAGAAACCAAGCAGCCCGAGGUCGUCGGUGUCACCAAAACUUCGGUAAUGCCUGAGGCUCCUAAAGCCACGAAGCCGGAAACCGUGAUAUCGCAAAGGAAAGAUGAGGUGACGACUACUCCGUUCAAAAUUGCGACAGCAGAUCAAAAUUCAACGCCGGAUACUGCUACAAGUGACCCUGCGAACAGUUUUGAUACCAAGCCGUCACCGGAAUCAAUUAUUGCUCCGACUGCAUCUUCAGAGAAACCACAUACGGCUUCGAUCGCUGCAACUGACACUACAAGUGUAAUCUCCGAGUCAGCCUCCACUUUGGCUUCAAGUGCUUCUCCACCGCUUGUAACAACGAUGAAGUCUGCACCGUCACCGUUGGCGAAAGAAAAAGCCUCUGACCCUGCGUUUCUACCCAGUGGCGGCCUUAAGCGACGGCGAUCUAUUGGCCAGACAUCCGUCGACUCCGUCAUUGAUCCAAUCCACCGACCUGCAAAACGGAAUGCAGUUGCAAGUAAAGUUGAACUGGUUCAAGCCAAAGCUAAGCCCAGUGAUGUCGAGCCGCAGACUACUCAAGACAUACAGUCAAAGCCACAGAUACAAGACACAACAUGUAUUGCCCAAAGAACAGAGCCGACUGAGUCUCCGAAGAGUAGCAAGGAAGCUGACCUGCCGACAAACACUGAUGCAGUUAUGACAGCACCUUCCGUUAGCGCACCCUCGACAUCACUUCAACCAACGACACUGGCUGCUGGCGUGCGAGAGUCCGUAAAUCAGCACCUCCGCGUAACAAAAUCGGCGAGUGAAGCGUCGAAGAGCUCAUUAGCUCCUGAAUGCAAGGCGCCCUCACUAGAGAUCCGAGUAACCACAUCGAAAUUUGAUCUGCCAGCAGCCAAACAAGCCGAAUCAACAGUCAAGGUUACCUCUACUACUGCUCCGAAGAAGGAAGUUGGAUUUGAUUCUACGACCAAGGUAUCUUCUGAAAUUCCUGCUCAGACUAAAAAGGCGGGUAUCAUCAUGGAUAGCCACGCGUAUGUGGAGAAGAUGAUGAGAGGUGACCGAAAGUCGAGAGAGAUUAAUAUCAGGCGCGACCGCCCUGCACAGCCAACGGUAACUCUGCCACCGCGUCUACAGAAUGCAUGGGGUGCGUCGUUCGGCAUGGUGCCUCCAACUCAAGUUGCAUCCCAGACACCACGAACGCUGUCAACUACGCCACUGAGUUCUUGGUUUUUGUCCAAGGGCUGUGCGAACUUUGUGAAACAAGUCCAUUUCUCGGAUGAUGAUGCCGAACACAAUUGUGAUGAUGAGGAUGGCGAUUUGUCUCGACAACUGGCCUCCCCACGCGGGGUCGGCAUUGCUUCACCCAAGAGAAGAGCUUCGAGUACCAAGAAGAAUACGUUCUUGGAAUCACUUACAAAGCAGUCGAACUGGCGAACUUGGUAUGGCAACGUGGACGUACGCAAUCUGCUGGAUCCCCCGUUGGCUCAUGUUCCCGAGAACGUGCGUAAACAUGAAGUUAAACCUCUUGCUCUUCCAGAGCUGGCCGAAGAAACUCAAGCUGGUUCACCUUUGAAGAAGACAAACGAUUUUGAGAUGUUGGAAGCUGACAUCAGACGAGAGAAGCAACGAGGUUUGGCAUUCAGCGAGCAGUUAUUGAUGAUGCUACAAGGCAAGACCGUGUCGGGAAAGUUGCUUGAGGAGGAGUACAUGCCACUUUUGAAUAAAUAAACAACCGGCGAACCAACACGUAAGUAUGUUCUUGAAUGUAUUACUUCAACGAAAAAGUACCAACAGCGGUAUAACCGCACUUAAGUAUUCACAACACCAACUAGACAGAAGUAUGCAGCCACUCAAACCGGAAGGUAAAGUCAGCACCUAUGAAUUGUGGUAGCAGAAUAAUGUUAGUUACUUUUCUCGAUUCUCGACACGGCACAGGACAAAAAAAAAACCGCUUACCAAGAUGCUCCAACUCGUACUGGAGUAGAAUCACAAUCUCGAGAAACAAAAGCGCUUGAACAAGAUACAUCUGUGUUUCGAGUGCAAAAGCGAGUUGGUACAGCGGCGAAAAAAUAAACUUUUUCUGUAAGAAAUAAUGUAGUAACAGCAGUGACCCAACUUCUAAAGCUGCAUAUACCAGAAUAUUUACGAUAGCUGCCACACCC